AUCAAAACAGUGAAAAAUUGACAGCUCGACCCAUAAACGGCCCUAAAACCACUUUUAAAAGUGUUCCUACGAAGGUCAGAAAUAAAGCGUAAAAUGUAAGUGCCAUGUUCUAAUAAGAGACAGUUUUCUGACGAGCUGUUGAGGAAUGUUAAUCGGAGAAAAGAGUCGUUUUGUCCGGUUUUCUCAGGACCUCUCUGUUAGCUGUUAGCCUUUAGGAGAGCUGCUCCACGGGGAUCUAUGGGAUGAAAUGACCAUAUAUAGGCCGGCCAUCGAGCUCCUCCGCCGGUAAACAGUAAACUCGUCGCGAGGUUGACAAAAAAAUAAAAUAAAAGCUCUCCAACAUGUCAUCAGACCAGAUUAUUGCCAUUGUGGUGGAUGACAGGACUUAUGAGGUAAAUAAAAACAAGCUGAUAGAGAAAAGCGACUAUUUCCGAGCUCUUUACAGCUCCGGGAUGAGGGAGUCCUCAGAGGACUCCGUGCAGCUGCAGGGKCUCAGCGUCCCGGGCCUGGAGCUGGUCCUGGAGUUCAUCAACACCUCCAAAGUCCAGGUGGUCAACGAGACUCUGGAGGACCUGAUUGAGACCGCUUCCUUCUUACAGGUCACCUCCAUCCUGAAGCUGCUGACCUCAGAGAUCCGGCAGGAUAACUGUGUGGAGCUGUUCAGCCUCUCUGAGGUUUACGGGACUCAGGACCUGCGGAACGCCUGCCUCAAAUACAUGAGCUGCCACUACCAUCCCAUGCUGAGGCRUCCCGAGUUCAUCAGUUUGCCCUCUGGUGUCCGGGACCAGGUCAAGGACACGCGCAUGAAAGGCACYGCCACCCUGGUGGCCAUCGGAGACUUCACCAGUCUGACCCUGGAUGUGCCUGAUCAGAAAGGAUCCUGGUCCAUGCUCCGGUAUGGAGAGGUGGAGCAGCGUUGGAAGCCACUGGUGAACAACUUGCCAACAGACAUGGCCAACGUCCGGGGUUACGGAUCUGCUGUUCUGGAUAACUACCUGUUCAUAGCGGGCGGAUACAGGGUGUCCAAUCAGGAGAUCUCUGCUGUGCACUGCUACAACCCCUGCAGCAACAAGUGGAGCCAGGUGGCUCCGCUCAACCAGAAGAGGUCUAACUUUAAGCUGCUGGCAGUACAAGGGAAGCUGUAUGCGGUCGGAGGCCAGUGUCUGGGCACCGUGGAGUGUUACAGUCCAGAGUACGACUGGUGGACCUGCGUGUCUUCCAUGCCCGACCCGCUGGCUGAGUUCUCAGCUUGUGAGUGCCAGGGUAUGAUCUACGUCAUGGGUGGAUACACUGCUAGAGACAGGAACACCAACGUCCUCCGUUACUGCCCCACCUCCGACACCUGGACAGUGUCUCGCUCCUGUUCGGCUCACGUUCGCAAGCAGCAGAUGCUCUCAGUGGAGGACACCAUCUACCUGGUGGGGGGCUACACCCACGAGCUGCAGGCGGGCCGGCGGCAGUGGCGCCCCAGCCACACGGAGGACUCUCUGAUGGUGCAGUCCUACGACGUCGCCACGGGGAAGUGGGCCCAGCUGAAAGAGAACACGUCCAAAUCGGGCCUGAACCUGACGUGCGCGCUGCACAACGACGGCAUCUACAUCAUGAGCCGAGACGUGGGCCUGCCCACCAGUCUGGAGCACCGCGUCUUCCUCAAGUACAACAUCUUCUCCGACGGCUGGGAGGCCUUCAGACGCUUCCCGGCUCUGGGACAGAACAUGCUUCUCUGUUCGCUUUACCUCCCCGAUACGCUGUGACCGGGAACAACUGGACUGCUUGUUGGGCUGAACAAGGCCRCGUUGUGUCAGUGGGAAUAGGCUGUUUAACCUCUGUGCCUCCAAAUGAGCACACUACACUUUACACACUGCUGCACAUAAAGGAGGGAUGUGUGGGGAAAGUGACGAAGCCAACGUGACUCACGGGUCAACAGCUUCAUAACAACACAUUUCACUUUCUGCUUCCCCAAAUGUUUGGUUGCCAAAUGUGUCCAGAUGCUUACAGGAGUGUUGUGAGUUGUCCAAGCAGCAAUGAGGGCUUUUCUGGGUAAAGAGAAACAUUAAUAACCCUGAUGUUUCCAUUUUUACCUUAUGUUCACAACAUAAUACAUUUAUUUGUCUCUAUGUUGCACAGAGCAUCCAUAAAGUCCGUUGUUUUUGGUUGAAAUGUGUUACUUUUUUGUCAUUUUUUUUGUAAUUUUUUUCCCUCUAUAAAUACACUAAAAGUUCAAAACACA